ACGAGGAACUCCAUGCUAAAUUUCCCAUAACGAAUUGUUUCUUUUAGUAUUAAUGAAUUUUAAUUUUCAUGAUUAAUCAAUUGAAAAAAAAACGAGAGAAACAACAAACGAAGGUAAAACCGUAAAAGGAAACUUCUUCUCCAAACUAACAAGUCAUCUCGACCCCAAGAGUACAACACGUGUCAACACACAACGUGUCAUUCCCUCUAACUUGCGCCAAAAGCCAUUGUUCACAAAGCAAAAUCUAUCGAGCGGUGCUAACGUCCACCAUCUCUCUAGCUGUCGCUUCUCAAUCUUCUCUUCCUUUCUCCUUUGUUUCCCCUCUCUCUAUCUUUGUCUAACCAAUCAUUCCUAUAUAUACGUUUAUAGAUAUAUUUCUAAUUUUAAUCACAUUAUUUAUUCACAAGCCGACAUACAUAAAGACUUAUGUAUAUAAAGAAACAAGAAGCUUGUCUAUUAUUCACCUGAAUCGCUUUUGUUUUCUAAGUUCCAUUGAAAAUGUUGAAAGUGAAGAAUUUUCUUGGUUCUAGAUUAAAGUCUUUCCCUACAAGAAAAGGAAAGUCCGAGAAGGAAUGUUGUCGUAGCUUGACGUCGAAGCUAAGUGUUAAUGAAGAGUACAAGGAAGCAUUCAGAACAAACUCCUACUUAGAGAUUCGGACAAAAGCAGAAGAUCAAUUAGGCAUAACAACAUCAUGUAGCAAACUCUCCUCCUCUUCUCCUUCAUCUUCUUCAGAUCUUAGCUUCCAUUCACACUUCACCGAUUACUUGCUCGACCCUCCUCAAGAAACUCUAGAUGCUCUGAUGCAAGACUCGAUUAUCGACAAUCUUCUAGUUAAUUUUUUCGACUUUAGCUCCGAAGCUUGUGACGUGUGUGAGACUCUUCUUCAAUGCAUCCAACAAAUCAAGAUCAAUCACAACAAAAUCAAAAGGGUUAUCACGAUUGGGAAAAGGGUUUGUAACGGUGCUAAAACCUUGGAAUGUGGCCCCGAAAAGCUUUGUGCUUUGAUAUUUCAAGAGCUUUCGAGAUUUGCCGCACUGAAGAACCCUCUGUGUUGUAUCAUCAAUGAAGCUCAGUUUCGUGUAGUUCACGAUGCAAACUCGGAUUUGCUCACCAAGUUGACAUCAAAAAGGAGAAGAAUCAGAAGAAAAAUCAGGUUCUUUAGAUUCUGCAAGAAGCUAGGAGGUUAUAGCCUAGUGAUUACUCAUAGCGCGAUUGUCAUUACAUUGCUUAUCAUAGCUCUUCACAGCAUAAUCGGCGUUUUAGCAGCUCCUGCGUUGCUCGGUCUAUGUUCAUUGGGUCUUUUGAGGAAGAAGAAAGCGAAAGGAAGAAUGCAUAAGAGCAAGACAGAUACAACUCUAGAGAAGCUCGGGACACAAAUCGACAUUGCAGCUAAAGGAAUGUUCAUAUUGAUGAAAGAUUUGGAUACAUUGAGUAGACUUUCCGGGAGAUUAUGCGAUGAGAUAGAGCAUAGAAAAACCGUAGCUGCGAUGUGCGCAAAGAGUAGGAAGAUUGAAGUGUUAAAGGAAGCAUUGAGAGAGUUUAAUGGACAUGAAGAAAAAUUCUCAGAUCAAUUGCAAGAGCUUGAAGAACACCUCUACCUCUGUUUCCACACUAUUAACAGAUCAAGAAGGCUAGUGUUAGCGCAAAUCACAGGACAAAGUUCUUGAAUCUUGAAUCUUUAAUUCUUUUGGUUCAUCAAAAUAAUAAAUACUUUUGUAGGGUUUAUAAACUACUUAUUAUAAUAAAUCUGUAAGAAUAUCUUUCAAAGUUUUCUUUAUGUUUCAAGUGAAACUGAGGCCAUGAAAGUAAACUAUUUAUCACAAUUAUGAUUUUGCUAGUUAUCUUGUGUUAUUUGAUCGUCGGUUUGGCAGUAAUUAUUUGCUCUUUAUCCAAUCUUCUUAGGCUUGGCAUAUCUAUGUACUCUUCGCGGUUGCCUGAAAUUAGAUCCAUCAUUUUGGCAAUUUGGUUCUAAAGAAUGUUGAAGACAAUGUAUGUUAACAUCAUCAUGAACCAACCGAACCAAAAUGCUCACAAUGAAAUUGAUAUCAUAUAUCCAUUAAUUUUGACAAAUAUAUGAGGAAUAUUGGUUCAAUGGUUCAUGUAUCUUAAUUAAUUUGGAAAUGCUAAUGGACUACUUGAUUGUAAAGUAUGCUUAUAAAUCCAUAUGAAAUAGAGUUUAUUUUGAUAUGAACUUCUAAAUAUCUUGGAUCAUAGGAAUUAUUGUUUUGAUAAAACUUAAAACACGUAAACAAUAACACAAGAUUAUCUAACUUGGAUUUUCCAAAGUAAUAUACAUUUGCUUAUUAGAAUUGUACUUGAUAAAACUCCUUUUAAAAAAAAAACAAACUCAUAUAAACGUAUAACCAAGUACAAAUGUGUUAAACUCCUUUUGCUACAGAAUCUUUUCGAGUUUGAAACAU